AUGUGCAUCUUCUUUUGUUUGUUUGUUUGUUUUAUGUUAUUUACCUGUGUUCUUGUUGGUUUGAGUCCGUUUCCCUGUGCGCAUCGGCCCAUCAAUAUAUAUGUAUUGAUUUUACCUUUCUUUCUGCGUGCCCACCGAAGGUGUACGGAGUUGUUGAAGCGUACACCACGCCCCCGGAUGUGGAUAUCAUCUACCUUUGGUUCUUUUGUUUUGUUUCUUUGUGUUAGUUUGUUUUUUUCCAUUCAUCUCCCCCGCUCUCGCGUCUGCUGCUGCUGCUUCUUUCUCCUCCUCUUUUCGACGCAGCAUUGGGGCUUGCGCUACAUUCGCCUGUACCUCUCUUGUGUUCUAUCUCGUAUGCCGACCACCACCACCUGUUGA